AUGGAGGAGUUUGACUGCGUCGUAAUCGGCGCCGGUAUGUCCAGUCUCGUUCCACUUCGCGGAACCAAAGGCUGGUACGGCAUCGCCGCAGCAAAGCAGUUCCACUGCACGCAGCCGGGCGCCAGGCUCGCCGUCUUCGACUCGCAGUCGUCCAUCGGCGGCACCUGGGCCGACGAGCGCCUGUACCCGGGCCUCCGGAGCAACAACCUCGUCGGCACCUACGAGUUCCCGGACUUCCCCAUGGACGAGGCGUCCUUCGGCGUGGCACCGGGUCGCUACAUCCCCGGCGCCGUGGUCAACAGGUACCUCAAGGCCUACGCCGUGCACUUUGGCGUCGACCCGUUCGUCCGGCUCGGCACCAAGGUCGUGCGCGCCGACUACCUGGACGAGCACGAGGGCGGCGGCUGGCGCCUGGCCGUCUCGCCGGGGAGCGGGCGCAAUUACGAGGUCCGCGCGCGUAGGCUCAUCAUGGCCACGGGCCUGACGUCCGAGGCUUUCCUGCCGCAUUUCCAGGGCCAGGAGGAGUACGGCGGCAGGAUCUUUCACAGCAAGCACUUUCUGCAGAACAAGGACACGCUGGAGACGGCCCGGAGGGUGACGGUCUUUGGUGCGACCAAGUUUGCGUACGAUGCGGUGUUUGCGUACACCCAGGCUGGGGUGGAGGUGGACUGGAUCAUCCGCUACACUCGGAUGCUGUCGUGGCUGUCGCCCUGCAUCUGGGGCGACUCAGACGGCUACGGCGCCGUCCGGCGCUUCUUGCACGGCACUGCGGUCGGGCGCUUCAUCACGGACACGUACUGGAAGAUCCUCAGCAGCGACACGCUCGCGCUCUGCGGCUUUGACAAGCACCCCGAGACGGCCAAGCUCAAGCCGUGGAUCCCCGCCAUGUGGGUCGGCACGAGCUUCAGCAUCUUCAACUACGAGAUGGACUUCCUGGAGCUGGUGCGCAAGGGCGACCUCGUCAAGGUCCACGUCGGCGAGAUCGACCACCUCAGCCCGGGCAAGGUGCACCUCGCCGACGGCACGGAGCUCGAGUCGGACGCCCUCGUCGCCAACACGGGCUGGAAGCACGUGCCGCCCAUCGCUUUCGGCGGCGCCGGCAGCCUAGAGGCACAGCUCGGCAUGCCGCACCAGCCCGUAGCCCGCGAGGAGGCUCCGGCGCAGAGCGGUGGCGACGACCACGACCACGACAGCGACCUAGCGAGCAGAUGGGACCUGAUCGACCGCGCCGACGAGGAGAUCCUCUCGCGCUUCCCGCGCCUGCGCGACCAGCCCGUCUGGAACAAGGGCUACGUGCCGCUGACGGCGCAGAAGGGCAUCGACAGCGGCGGCGACGAGGCGGGCGACCCGUGCCGGCCGCGCACGCCCUGGAUGCUGCACCGGUUCAUGGUGCCCGCGCACCCCAAGUUCCUCGCGCGCCGCGACGUCGCCUUCGUCGGCGUCGUGGCCAACUUUAGCAACACGCUGACGGCGCACCUGCAGGGCCUGUGGGUCAGCGCCUACUUCCAGGGCAGGCUCGUGCGGGAGCGGGACCCGGCCGCGCGCGUGGCGGCGUCGGGGUCGGGGUCGGCGGAGCUGGAGCGCCUGCGGUACGAGACGGUGCUGGUGAACCGGUUCGGGCGGUGGCGGUACCCGACGGACUGGGGCAGCAAGGCGCCGAGCUUCAUAUUCGACGCGGUGCCGUACCUGGACCAGCUGCAGCUGGACCUCGGGCUGGAGCCGCACCGCAAGAAGGGCUUCCUGGCCGAGUGGUACAGCCCGUACAGGGCGGGGGACUACCGCACCGUGACGGAGGAGUGGAUGGCCAAGCAAGGGUAG